AUGUUUCGCGCACAGAACAACCAGCUAGACAAUGCCGUGGCCAAAGCGACCGACGAAAACCUCACCACCGAACCAUGGGGCCUCAUCCUCGACGUCUGCGACCAAGUCUCCGCCUCCCCCUCGGGGCCCCAACAAGUCGUUGCCGCCCUGAUCAAACGCCUUGCCCACCGCAACGCCAACGUCCAACUCUACACCCUCGAGCUCGCCAACGCUCUCUCGCAGAACUGCGGCGCGGAGCUGCAUCGCGAGUUGGCGUCGAAAGCCUUCACGGAUGCGCUGUUGAGGUUGGCCGGGGACCGGAACACGCAUGCGCAGGUUAAACAGAAAGUGCUUGAGCGCAUGGGCGCGUGGACGGAGCAGUUCGGGAGAAAUCCAGAGCUGGGGAUUAUGGAGCAAGGGUACGGGAAGUUACGGCAGCAGCAGCCCGGACUGAUGCCGCCGGGGAAGCCGGUGAAGAAGGAGAUUUCGGCGGAUGAGAGAAGGAAGGAGGAGGAGGAGUUGCAGAAGGCGUUGGCGUUGAGUGUGCAGGAUAGUAAAGGGGCGGGAGGGAGUCAGCAGCAGGUGAAUGGGGGGAAGGAGGAGGAUGGAGGGGUGGGGAUGGGUGAGGGGCAGGGUGGAGCACAGCAGCAGCAGCAGACGCAGCAGGGGACGACGGCCGCGACGGUGAGUCGGGUGCGGGCGCUGUAUGAUUUCACGCCGUCCGAGGCGGGGGAGCUGGCGUUCAGAAAGGGGGAUGUGAUUGCCGUUUUGGAGUCUGUCUACAAAGAUUGGUGGAAGGGGAGUCUGCGAGGGAGCACGGGGAUUUUCCCGCUUAAUUACGUGGAGAAGCUGCAGGACCCGACGAAAGAGGAGUUGGAGCGGGAAGCGCAUAUGGAGGGUGAAGUGUUUGGGGAGAUCAAGAAUGUGGAGAAGUUGUUGAGUUUGUUGAGUGUGAGGAGUGAAGGCGGGGGCGCGAGGAGGGGGGAGAGGGAGGAGGAGGAGAUUAAUGAGUUGUAUCAGCGGACGUUGAAUAUUCGGCCGAAGUUGAUUGAGUUGAUUGGGAAGUAUUCGCAGAAGAAGGACGACUUCACAUCAUUGAACGAAAAGUUCAUCAAGGCUCGACGGGACUACGAAGCACUACUGGAAUCCUCCAUGUCACAGCCGCAAUACCAACAGCAAUACCCCGUCCGCCAGCGACCUUCCAACCAACAAAUGUACCCUCCCCAACAACAACCCAGCUACCCACCUCAAGCCCCACCCUCCGCACAAGGCUACUCCCCACAAGCCCCUCCGUCAUCCGCAGGCUACCCGCCGCAACAACCCUACGCCGCGCAAAGCCAACCCCACCUCCCGCCCCAACCGGACGUCCAACGCUUCUACUCCCCCGCUCCUUCGGAACCUCCGUCAAACCAACAACAGCAACCGGGCUACGGAAGCCCUUACCCCCAACAACACGCUCCCGUGCAGCCCUCGAACGGGCCCGCGCCCUUCCACUUCAUCCCCGGCGGCCUCCAACAAGCCGCCCCUCCUACCCAACAACAACAACCACAACCCGCGGAGCACCAAAUCCGCCGCAAGCCUUCCCCCCAAGCUCCAAUCUCCGCCGGCCCCAGGCCCGCGCCCAGCGACCCUUACGCCACGCCUACACCACAUCCUGCAGGUCCCGGUCAGCAGUUUGCGGGGCAAGUGAGGCCUAACAGCAUCCACACGCUCAAUAGCGGGAACCCGCAGGAGCUCGCGACGGGGGGAUACGAGAGUCCGGUGGAUGGGCGGCAUUCGUAUCCUUCUUCGCAGCAUCAGCAGGGCAUGGGGAUGGGGGGGUUUGGCCAGGUGCCGGGGCCGUACGAGACGUACCCGCCUCAGCAACAGCAGCAAUCCUACCCGCCCCAGCAGGCGGGGUAUCAACAGCAGCGGAGCGAUAGGGAUGGUCUGCCCUCUGCGAGGCAGAGGACGGAGAGUUUUGAGUCGCCGAGUAGUGUUUACUCUGGGCAGCAAGGACAGGGAUGGGGCGAGCAGACUGGAGGGAUGCCGCAGCAGCAGCAGCAGGCGUAUCAGGCGUAUCAACCGCAGCCCCCGCAGGUACAGCAGGUGGAGGGGCAGAGGUUGCCUAGUGGUGGUAGUCAGGGCGGAGAUCCGGGGGAUUUUUAUCGGUAG